CUUGAAAGUACCACCAAGCUUGGGACGAGAGCUUCAGGCAAAUCUUCUGGGCGGCCUCGACAACGAUCAUCCACCCUUCUCUUCCGAACGAUAUUAUUUGAGACGACUGUAUAUAUCUAGCCGUCUGUCGGCAUGGUUAACAUAAAGGCAUUGUCGCUUGCGACUGCCGUCCUCUCCUUCGCUGGAGCAGCUCUCUCCAAGUCAACUGUAACGAAACCGGCCUCGUCACAAAACAUCCUCCCGUCGACAUUCACGCCGCCCCAAGUAUUCAAAAAUAUAAAUAUCCAACGAUCAAUCAACCUCGAAAAGAGCUACCCUAGGAACGUUGUCAAUGUUGUCAUAGAGAACGUCUCUCCUGAGGCACAAAAUGAAUACUACAUCCCAUUCACAACCUCGCAAGCGGAGAAGCUUGGCAACUUGGAAGUGAAGGACAAUAAGGACUUGACAAGUCCACCAUUUAGCUUCGAGGCUGUUUCAAUCGAUGGUUCAAGCGAAACCCAAUUCUACAAGGUCCAACUGCCCCAGCCAUUGGCGCCAAAGGGAAAACAGACUAUCCAAAUCAGCUACUCGUUCCUCUCCUCUCUGCGCCCUCUACCAGCAGCCAUUGCUCAACAAGACCCACAAUUCCUUGUCUAUGAGUUCUCCGCAUACUGGCCAUCCUCGUACAUCACCAGACACCAGGAGACCGAAAUCAAGUUCCCGGGCGCCAGCGUCCCAGAAUACACCGGUGGCAUUGGGGGCAAGGAAGAGUCUGCCCAAAAGGCUGGCUCGAAGCUUACUUACGGACCGUUCAAGGACGUGACGGCAGGAACCACCCAGCCCGUCCGUGUCCGUUUCCAGCACACUCAACCGCUGAUCCACGUCUCAAGGCUAGAGAGAGAUAUCGAGGUCAGCCAUUGGGGUGGCAACAUCGCCUUUGAGGAACGCUACACUAUCGUCAACAAGGCCGCGAACCUCUCUUCCCAGUUCAACCGUGUUGAGUGGGCGCACCAGCAAUACCGUACCCCCGAGACGACCGCGAUCAAGGCGCUCCACAUCCCUCUACGCGUCGGCUCGCUCACUCCUUACUACACGGACGUCAUUGGGAACAUCUCGACCAGCCGCUUCAGGAGCAACAAGCGCGAGGCAAAUUUGGAGCUCAAGCCCCGUUAUCCUAUCUUUGGUGGAUGGAACUACCCCUUCCGCAUCGGAUGGGAUGCGAACUUGGCGACUUUCUUGAGGACCGUCAAGUCUUCCGAUAGCUACGUCUUGAACGUCCCCUUCCUCGAGGGUCCCAAGCAACAUGAGGGUAUCUCAUACGAAUUCGUCGAGCUCCGUGUCAUUCUUCCAGAGGGCGCUACGAACGUCAAGUACGAGACCUUAGUCCCCAUUGUCUCCGCCACAAUCUCCACCCACGUCACCUUCAUGGACACCAUCGGCCGCACCGCUCUUACCCUGCAGGCACGCAACCUCGUCGACGCGGUCCGCGACCGCGAGCUCAUCGUCACCUACGAAUACCCUCUUUCAGCGGCUCUCAGGAAGCCAGUUGUGAUCAUCGUUAGCGUUCUGGGUCUGUUUGUUGCCGUGUACCUCCUCGGAAGCCUGAACACGGGCAUUUCCUCGAAGAGGGUGGGGAAGAAGGCUUAGAAGCGAAGUGGUGGCAUGCAGGGGAUAAAAUGUGAAAUGUAUGCUUAUGUAGAAUACUCAUAAAGAUUAUUGCUGUUUUUUGGUCGAGCUAUGGGAUUGUUUGAACCUUGAGUGAUUUAUGGCGUAACUUCAGUGCAUUGGUUUAUAUGUGAAAACGUAG